ACGAACUCAUUCCUCAGGGGAUCGAAUGUUCCUCAUUCUCUUUGGAUAUCAUCGGUGAAUUAUCAGCUGCUCAGAUAUCUCAAAGCUUGGUGAUCGCGACAGGCCCGGAAAAAUUGGAUUCGACGAAUCCGGAUCUCUGUUGAUGUGUCAUGUCUUCAUUGACGUUCCGGACCGUGUUCCACGGUUUCCGAGCCACAGCCAUCCCACGGAAUAUCCUCCGCAAUCCGGCAACCAUCUGCGCCAGGAGUCUCUACAGCGCUCAUUCACUAGGAUUGGACAGAUUCAAUGAGGAUCGGCAACGGGUCUUCGCUCACCUCGGUCCUCGCAAAGCAGAGUAUUUUUCGCAAUUCUGGGAAAGCUUCAAAGAGGACCGCAAGUCCAGUGAGACGAUGGUUUUCACCGGAGACCUGAAAAACGUAGUGCAGCUCUCCGAAACAGACGAGGAUAUCGAACUCUGUAUACGGAUGAUGCGGAUUUUCCAUAAACAAAACCAGGACCUCCGAUUCGGCACGUUUUCGUUUGGUCCUGUGGUCCUGCGGCUCCUGUACGUCCUCGACAAGCCCGACGUCGUCAUACAGGUCUUGAAAGAUCCCGAGUUGCACGGAUUCUUUGACCAGACUGCCUCGUACCAGUUAGCGAUGGAUCUUCUCUACAAAAGAGCCCGAUACCAAGAAGUCAUAGAUCUGUUCGAGCACAUGCGCAGUCGCCAAGUUUUCGGGACGCGCUUCCCCAGAGACUGUGUCGUCCUGGUGUUGGGGGCCUGCUAUCAGUUGGGCACUAGAGGGGCCUAUGAUUUCGCGCUCAAGCUCGUCGCCGAGGGCAGAGAGAGCGGGGCUCGAAUUCUCCGGAAAGGUCUAACCUUCACGGCAGCAUUGGCACUCAAAAUGCAAGAACCGAAAGUCGCAAUGGAACUCUUGGCGCUCACGGCACAGAUGAAUUACAUAUCUGUUCGCAAUCUGAGACUUAUCGCACUGAGCCACAUGGAUCUUUACGAAGAGAUUUUCCUCGUGCUCAGAUCCAUCGUGCACCAGUAUCAUCAUUUACGUCACGAUCAUUCCGGAAUAUGCCCGGACACUAUCGACAGGAUCCGGGAGAAUCUCGAGAAGAAAGGUGAUCCGGAGAGACUCCAGCUAUUCUCACAAUUGCAACGAGCGCUCAAAGAAGGCAAUCACAUAUCAGAGGACAGCCUCGAUGAAGUAUUGGAACGUCCGAUGGAGCACAAAUCGCGGGACACCAAUCCGCCUCUCGCAAUGUUCAAGGAGAGGACCAUCAGACCACCGCCGUCGCUCAGGCCCCGAAGCCCUCCAUCGGAUGUCGGGUCAAGUUCGAAAGACUGACCUCUUUGAAAGCUGUGAAUUGCACUAGAUUUUUGAAUUGGUCGCGAAAAACAUAAGAAUCCGGCAGGUUCCAGU